AGGGGGGCGGCGGCUGUGGCGUUGGAAGGCCGGCUUGUGUUGGGAGGAGGAGAAGAGAGGGAAGAUGUCGGUAGCCGGCGGUGGGGGGGCUUCUGCGGUCUCGGUGCUGGCCCCGAACGGGAGGCGAGUGACGGUGCGAGUAGGCCCAAGCACCGUGCUGCUCCAGGUCUUAGAAGAAGUUUGUAAGAAGCAGAAUUAUAGUCCCAAUGAAUAUGAUUUGAAGUUCCAGAGGACUGUGCUGGAUCUUUCUCUACAAUGGAGGUUUGCCAACCUACCCAACAAUGCCAAACUCGAGAUGGUGCCAAUCUCUCGUAAUAGGGCAGGAAUUGAAACCACAGUACGAAUUGCGCUGCAGUUGGAUGAUGGUUCUAGGCUCCAAGACACCUUUUGCUCCAGCCAGACCUUGUGGGAUAUUCUUCAUCAUUUCACACAGACCAGGGAAUACGUGGAGCAGCAAGGUGAAGUCUCCCCCGUCUGUAUUUACAUGCGAGAUGAGGUCACUGGGAAAACUGCUUUGCAGAAGACAACCCUGAAGUCACUUGGCCUGACAGGUGGUAGCGCCAUCAUCAGGGUGGUCACAAAGAAGGCCACCUCCUCUGGACAUGCAGAAGCUGGGGGCAGUGAAUCUCUUUCUAAAGAGCUAAAAGAAAGGCCGUCCUCUAGGGAAGAGCCGUUGGGUACGUCUGAACCACACGCACUUGCCUUCCCAACAAGCUCAACCUGCAGCAAUGAGUCUGCGUUUGCCAACACUUAUACUGAUAAGCAGGACCGGAGUGAAGCAUCUCAGAACAGCUCAGCGGAGCCCUGUCCUCCCUUGGAGCCUACGCCUCCUUCGUUUGUUCCUUUUGUCGGUGGGGGCCAGCGUCUGGGCAGCACUGGCUCUCCUGUAGCAAUGAUAUCUCCAGUAUCGGAUGUGCCAAUGUCAAACCUACCAACAUCUCUAUCCAGCCCUGGAGGGCCUUCCAAGCCAAAGAAGUCAAAGAACAGCCAAGAAAAACUAAAGGAACAAAAAGAGUGUUUGGAGCGAGAGCCAGUUGUGUUCCAUCCAGAUUUGCAGAAGCCACUGGACUCGGGCACGCAAGAUCUUCCUGAUGAGUUCUUUGAGGUCACAGUAGAUGAUGUGAGAAAACGUUUGGCCCAGCUCCAGAAUGAAAGGAGGCGUUUGGAAGAAGCUCCUUUGAUGACACAGGCACAGCGAGAAACUCAAAUAAAGGAGAAGCUGGAGCGUUAUUCAAAGGUGGUAUUGAGAGUUUACUUCCCCGAUCGUCAUAUUCUUCAGGGCUUCUUUCACCCUAGUGAAACAGUUGGUGCUUUGAGGGCCUUUGUGAAAAGCCACCUUGCGGAUCCAGAGAUACCUUUUUAUCUUUUCAUUACACCUCCCAGAUCCAUCCUGAGUGAUGACAAAGUGACCCUCUUUCAGGCUAACCUCUUCCCUGCUGCUGUUGUAUACUUUGGAUCUGAGAAACACAACGAUUACUAUCUGAGGUUGGACUUCCUGGAAUCUGCAGUGUCCCCGUCUGAAGCUGACAUUUUAGUAGCUAGGCGGUUGUCUAAACCAGUACCUCAUACUACUCAACGACGUGCAGAACCUGUUCUUAAUUCCCCGCCUGAGCCACAUGAGGCUGACGAGAGUGUUGUGACAGGGCACUCAGAACUGGCAACAGCCCCUGAAGGACCACAUCCACCAGCAAGGAGGGCUCCAUCGGGGAAAGUGCCAAAGUGGCUAAAACUGCCAGGUGGGAAGAGAUGAAGGACUUGUGAUACCCACCUUCAGAGAGAUGCCUUGCCCUGCUGAGAAGCAACAAAUUCAGUUGCACCAUUUCCUUGCAGCGAACUUCACCUAACAACAUGCUAAAAGACAUGGCCCCACAACUUGAUUUUUGCAAAAUAAAAUCGCAGUACACCA